AUGCGAGGCCUUGCCCUGGGCUUGGCCUGUCUGGCUACGCUGGCUUGUGUCCUGGCCUUACCAGCGGGCUUUAACGAUGAAGUCAUCCUCAAUGUCAACGAGGUCAUGUCCAUCGUGAACUUGGAUGAUCAUCGCAUACUUGCUGCCAAGCGCGAUGGCAACAUCCUCAUUGUGGACUGGUCCACCAAACCUGCUCAAACUGCCUCGUACCUCGUUCUACCUGUGGACUCGUAUGGCGAGCGCGGUUGCAUGUCCAUCAUUUUGGAUCCGGAUUUUGCAACCAACAACUACUUUUAUGUCUACUACUCGAGCAUUCCUGGCGGAGGCUUUCGUGUAUCUCGCUUUGAACACUCCAACAACAAUGGUGGAACCUCCUCACGAGCCGACCAAAACAGCGAAGUUCUCAUUUGGGAUGAUCCCGAUGGUUACAUCGGCCCCUACCAUUACGGUGGCGACAUCUCGUUUGGCCCGGAUGAGCAUAUCUACAUCUCGCUCGGUGACAAGUACUAUGCUCAGCUGGCCCAGGACAUGUCGUACACGGCCGGUAAAGUCAUUCGCGUCAGCAAGACGGGCGCCUUUCCUUCGGACAACCUGGGCCUCGACGAUGGCGUGGGCGGCAUUCACGACGGUAUCUGGGCCGUCGGCAUGCGUAACGGCUACCGCUCGCGCUGGGAUCUGGCCACCAAUCGCUACUUCAUUGCCGAAGUUGGUGGGAACAACCAAGCUGUCGCUCAGGAAGACAUUCAUCUCGGCGCUGCUCGCAAAAACUUUGGCUGGCCGUUGUGCGAAGGUGCCUGCGAUAGCCCCGAUUUUGCGUACACGUGCAACUGCAACGAUUACGAUGAUCCCAUCUUUCACUACACCCACACUGAUUCCAAUGCCCCGACCGGUUCCAAUGCCGCCAUUGUCGGUGGCUUUGUCAACUGGGGUAGCCACCUUCCCCAAGAGUACUACGGUGCCUACUUUUUUGCCGAUUACAGCCGUGGAUGGAUGAAAUACCUCAAGUUUGAGGCGGAUGGCAAGACCGUCGCGUCGGAGAACAUGUUUGACAACUACAUGACCUCCGUCAUUAACUUUGAACCGGCGCUCGACGGCUCCUUCUUCUAUAGCACUUUGAAUCAGAUUCGUCACAUCACUUACUCUUCUGGCAAUCAGUAUCCCGUCAUCUACUCGGCGUGGGCGGACCCUGCCACCGGCUCGGCGCCCCUCUCCGUCACCUUUGACGUCAGUGCCUUUGACGAGGACGGCGACGCCCUCACUUACACCUGGACCCUGGGCAAUGGCCAGGUCCUGACCGGCAAGUCAGUCAGCACUACCUACUACUCGGAGGGCACCUACACCGCUUAUGUCACCGUCGCGGACGCCGAGCAUCAGGUGGUGUCGGACGACAUCAAGAUUGAAGUGGGCAUCCCGCCCGUGGUCAACAUCUUGUCGCCCUCACCUUCCAUGAAGUUUGUGGCCAACCAAGUCCUUGAGUUUGACUGCCAGGGUCAAAGCGGCUCGACUGGCGCCUACCUCCCUAAUUCAGCGCACACGUGGGGCAUGAUUCUUCUCCACGACGACCACACUCAUCCCGCAGUGAACGACCACGUUGGCAGCACCAUGACCUUCACCAUCCCCUCAGAGGGACACGGCUUCAUGGCCUCCGUGGGAUAUCGCGCCACGUGCACCGUCGAGCAUAACGGCCUGAUUGCAAGCAAGUCUAUCGAACUCUGGCCCGACGAGGUCUACAUCACCAUUGCCACCCAACCUGUGGAUCUGGGCAUUUUUUUUGACGGCAUCGCCUCCAACGCUCCGUUCACCACGGACACCAUGAUUGGCUUUUACCAUCUCAUUUCUGCCCAAGAAUCCGUCUGCAAGGACGGCGUGCUCUACCGCUUUGCUUCCUGGAGUCAUGUCUCCGGCAACGAGCACACCAUUACCGUCCCAGGCCAGGACACCACCUACACCGCCUCGUACUACACGGAUGGCUCGUGCAUUGAUGAGGUCCCGGUCUCUAAUGGCCUCGUCAUGCAUCUCAAAGGCGACGAGGGUGUUGUCACGGACAGCUCGGGCUACAUCUCCGAGUGGCAGGACCUGUCUGGUAGCAACAACCUGAGUCCCCCAGCCGGUGCCUCGGCCCCCCUCCUCCUCGCCGGUCAGCUCAAUGGCCACUCAGUGGUCACCUUUGACGGUGAUACGGAAGCACUCGGUGCCGACUCGGCCAGCGGCCUACCCCUUGGCAAUUCGGCUCGUACCGUCUUUGUGGUCGUCAAGUACGACAGCCCUGGCUGGGGCGGCUUUUCUUGGGGCGAGAGCGGUUGCAAGAACGUCUUUGGCCUGACGGUGGGGGCCGGUCAGGGUUAUCUCUUCAUCGAAGACUACUGCGGUAGCCCUUCGGCCGAGAUGGGCAAUGGCGAGGACUGGAUGAUUCACAGCGCCGUCUAUGACGGCUCUACCUUGGAGCAUAUGCGUGAUGGCGAGGUCAUUGAGACGCUGUCGGGUGGCAGCACUGGCUAUGGCACUGCCGACACCAUGAUUCGCCUGGGCGUGGAAAUCAACGAUGGCGUCAAUGUCAAGGCGCAAUAUGCUGAGGUCAUUGUCUUCAACCGCGCGCUCUCCUCCUCGGAGAUGGACAGCGUUCACGAAUACCUCCACCUCAAGUACUUUGAUGAGGGCAACACGAUCGAAGAGGUCAAGCUCACCUUCUCCACCAGCCCGGUGGGCGUGCCCGUCACCAUUGAAGGCCACGAGCAGGCCUCGCCCGCCCUUAUUGAGACGCAGCCUGGUGCCCCCGUGCAAGUCUCGGUACCUCAGAGCUACUGCCAGGGCAAUACCCUGUUUGCGUUUGACCAGUGGACCAUCUCCUCCUCCCCUUCCUUUGAACUCCUCGCCCCAGGCGUGGACACGACUUACACGGCCAGCUUUACGCCAACCGGCUCGUGCGGCACGACGACCACCACGACCACGCAAGGACCCUCGUCUACCACGAGCGCUGAAACCACCACCACCACCACUACGACAUCGCCCUCGACGGGCAACAACGAGCCCCCAGUCACGGCGGGUCUUGUCAUGCGUCUCAACAGCCAGCAGGGCCUGGUUGCGGCUGGCAACGGUGAUGUUAGCACUUGGGAGGAUCAAACGGGCAAUGGCAAUGAUCUGCAGUCGCUUGUCGGCACCGGCAAGCCCACCGUCGUAUCGGGUCAGCUCAACGGUCACGGUGUCGUUUCGUUUGAUGGAAGCGACGAUGCCCUCGGCCGUGAUGGUGUCAACAACAUCCCCACUGGGAAUGCCGAUCGCUCGCUGUUCCUCGUCGUCAAGUACGAGAGCGCGGGCUGGGGUGGCCUCAGCUUUGGCUCCGUCGGCUGCAAUGCCAUGUACGGUGCCACCGUCACCAGUAGCGUUGGCGAGCUCUUUGUCGACACGUACUGCUCCGGUUCGGCCUACGCCUCGGGGACGCUUGGCCUGGACGCUGGGUGGCUCAUUCAGCAGGUCAUCAUCAAGGACCAGCAACUGCAUCACUACAAGGACAACACCCUACUGGAAACGCUUGAUGCCUCAGGCCUGGCCACGACCGGCGCCAAAAUUGUCAUGGGUGCCGAGCACAACCUCAACUCCAAGGUCAAAAUGUCCGUCGCCGAUGUCAUGGUCUUUGACCGUGCCGUAUCCGGCUCUGAGCGCCAGCAGCUCGUGGCUUACCUCGAGGCGCGUUACCUCUCAGAUGCCACUCCCGUGUACAGUGCCGUAACCUUUGAUUCCACCCCCAGCGGACUUGAUCUUGUCGUGGAUGGUGAAGCGCAGGCCACGCCCGUGACCCUCACCUACCUCAGUGGCACAGAGGUGACCGUUGAGGCACCUGCAGUCCAGUGCACGGACAGCGACGUCAAGUACACCUUUGGCGCCUGGAAUUCAGGCUAUGCGCAAGCUACCCAGACGUUCACCGUCGGCGAUGCUGACGUGUCCGUGAUUGCCGCCUACUCCAACACUGGCUCGUGCUCCACUGGCUCGGACGAGCUGCCCGUGCAGCUGGGCCUGGUGAUGCAGCUCGAUGCCGAUGACAUUACGGAUGUGUCGGGCUCUGGCAGCGUCAACGUGUGGCCUGAUGCCGUCCAUGGCAAUGGCCUCUCAGUGCCCGCAUCCCUUUCCAAGCCCUCCCUCGUGGUCAACGGCCUCAACUCGAAGGCUUUUGUUAGCUUUGAUGGCGCAGGCAACGCGCUUGGACGCGACGACAUUGGUGCCCUUCCUUCCGGUUCAGCCGACCGCACCAUUGUGAUGGUGGUCAAGUAUGACUCAGCUGGCUGGGGCGGCUUUACUUAUGGCAGUGCCGGAUGCCUGCAAGCCUUUGGGCCGGCCGUAUCGGUCAAUUUGGGCCAGUUGAUGGUCGAAAACUACUGCACCAAUGACGAUGUUCAGAGCGGCGUGUCUGGACAGGGAGCCGGCUGGAUGGUGCAAACCGUUGUUCUCAAGAGCAACGUCAUGUCGCACUACAAGGACCAAGAACUCAUCGAAUCCUACACCCUGGGUUACCUCACGGCAGCCGAUGGCCACAUCCGCAUGGGCGUCGAAAUCAACGAUUGGUCCAAGCUCGAUAUGGACGUGGCUGCCGUGGCUGCCUGGGAUCGAGCCCUCGAGAGCUCUGAGCGCCAGCAGGUCGUUGACCACUUCAAGUCUUACUACGGCCUGGCAUGA